UAAUUAGAUACCGCAGCUAGGGUUACACCUACAGCAUGGCUCCUGUCUAUUCUGUGAGAGAUAUUGUUCUGUAUUCUGUAUGGUUUUUUUCAUGCUUGUUAGAGUCUAUCUACGAAGAAGCACUGUGACUGUUUUCACUUACAGGCUACAAUGACAUCCCCUUCCUCCUAUGAUCAUGUUACUCUACUUGUUUUCCCCUCUACUUGCACUACUCACCGUGUCGUGAAAGAGCAAUUUGGUUUCGUUUAGUUGUUGAAAUCAUCCCUGGUAAAAAAAUCUUGCAUUUAACCUCCACCCAUCUCGUGCAAAACCACAUAACGCAAGCCACCUAGUCUAUGUACGAUUAGAACUAAGUUCUCAGCUGCAAAAGAAGACAAGCAUCUAAUUAAAGAUCGUCCAAUACCUCUUGUUAGGCACAUUCAUUCAUUCACUCACUCAUUCAUUCAUUCAUUCAUUCAUUCACUAAGCGCUGUUAUUUCUACUGAAUUUCAGAAAGGAAUCUACGUCUACAACUCGUUCUCGUCUACUGAAACUCUAUCAAGAUGAAGUUUCAAUUUAAGGAGAAACUAGUUGAGCAACUAGGAUUCACCCUAGAGCAUGCUCAUGCAGCUGCUGCCAAUGCCGUGCCAGCUGUUACUGCGCCCUCCUCGGACAACACUCGCGUGAUUGCCAUAGCAGCACUUGUCAUAUCAGCAAUCUUGGCAGCGACGUUGGUACUUUAUUUAUCUUAAGCGGUCUAACCCGUCUUGUUCCUGACCACUGGGUAUCUCAUCGUCAUCAUUUGAUUUCCCAGUUCAUCCACCUUUUCUUUCUUACAUAGGUAGGAGAUCCCGUCCUUCACUAUCGUAUUUAGGUCGUAGAAUUCUUGAACUUGAAGCUUUAUGGAGAUUUAGUGACUGAUCCAUAACCUAUAUUAGCCUACUUGAGAACUACCAACAAGAUUCAACUCCCCUGCUGCUCAGGUCCUCUGCAUCUGCGGUUGUUGUAUUGGUAUGUGCGUCGCACGAAGUAGGGAAGCAGAGCAAACUGGAGCGUUGGAUGAAGCCAGGAGGCUGAUUGACUUUGCGCAGAACAACGAAGCUGGCGGACCACGUGAACCGUCGCAAGCAGCUCCGCCACCAGUCGUCAAUUUCCAAGGCUCAGGGAGACGACUGGGGAGCACAGAGUCCGAACGGACACAAGUGGCGGGGCUUUGAGGCUGAAUUGGAGAUGUUUUGCACGCAGAUGCAUGGAGAAGCUGUAGUGGUCCUCAACCUAGUCGUGGGAGACUGACGAGGAAGAUAAACUGCUGAUAUUGAAGAUAGUAGUUGAAUAUCAUACCAGGAACGAAUCAACGAUGGGGGGCUUUGGUUAAGGUGCCCAAGAACUUUGUAAAAAAUUUGGAUUUGAUUUUUCUACACGAUGGAAAUACAACGCGCUAUUUGGAAGCAACUUCAAAAUUUCAUGGAUACUUUUGUCCGUAGAUAAAAUGAAUUCUUUCAUCUUGCUGUUAGCUAGUUGGUUGUCCUUUAUGUUUAGAUGGUGAUAGGUGCAUACAAAAUGAAUACUUUGUUUUUCCUCUAAGUGAUACUACAUCAUCAAAAGGAAACUAGCCAUAGACGAUGACCAAUGCAUCGCACCUCAUGAGCGAGGAGUGCGCAGUCUUAGAUUGACAUUGACACGAUGCAUAGUGGAGGACGAUGAAUAUGACAGAUUUCUGUGUAGAUGACGCUGUCAUUUUACCACAGAGGGAAAAACAU